UUUAAAUAUUCCCCACAGUAAAUUUGAGGGAGGUAGCCCGUACGCCGUCCACACAAAGAAGUUGUUCAAUAUGUUGGGGUUGGACGAACAUGGAAGGUUGGUUGUCAUGGAUACAUCGAGGUCCGUUGCCAUGGAUACGGGGCGUAAAGAAACAACAAGAAGUUUAACCAGAUCGAGUAAACCAACAGUGAUUAUGACACCUAAGCCACGUCCUCUGACAUCACAAUCACUUGAUUACUCUGCCAAGAAACGGGACCCCACCCCCAUUAUGACAUCACAAAUGCGACCGAAAACCUCGUUAGAAACAGUGACGGAGUUCGACGGCGAUGUUGGAGAGUUGGUGGGAAAGAUGCUCGAAGAAAGCAACAUCAGUUUCAUCCGAGCUGUUGAGAUUCGAGAGAAGAAAGGAUUUAUUUCCAAACCCGACUUCAAGGAACUUUUAAAGUUUCUUAGGAUUUCGUUGAAAGCGAUAGAUCUUGAACAUUUUCUCGCAAGGAAUGGACUUCGUAGAAAUGAUGGUUUGAUUAAUUCAAGGCUUCUGAUUCGUCGAUUACAAAGUCGCUCGUCACGAGGAUUGCUAAAUAAGGUCAUGCGGAAUCAGGAACAUUUAUUCCAUGCGACGACCCCGCCGCAAACACCUCUAGAUGGCGCUAGUGCACUCCACCUUGAAACAAAACUCGUCGAAAUAUUUCAACGAGAAUUUCUCGCUUUGUUGUCGGCGUUCCGGCAGUUUGAUCCGAACGGAACCGGAUUCUUAACUUUGGAGGAAUUCCGCGUAGCGUUAGAACAUCGAUUCACGACGCGCUUCACCGACCAAGCGUGGAACAACUUCGUUAACUCAUCGUUCGUGCGUCUCGUGUCGCCGCCCUCUAACGCCACCCAGGGACAACUUGGUUACGUAGCUUACAACGAUUUUCUCGCCAAGUAUGAUGUCAUGCUGAGACCAUCCACUGCAGAUGAAGAUGAUCCUUGGAAGGAGCAAGAGGUUGAUGUUGCAGCAUUGAGAGAACAUAAGGAUCGGUACACCAAGAGCAUGGAUGUUGAUCCUAAGAACCAUAUGCAUAGACAUGAACCACGCCCACUCGAGCAGUUAGAGGCAACCCUAGUGGAUGUUUUCGUUUACAAGUUCCAUAACUUCAAGAAGGAGUAUGACAUCAUAGUGAGAGAAGAUUUCUGCAGAGUUGACAAAGAGAAGUUUGAUUAUAUUUUAUUCAGAUGUGGUUUUGUUCUCACCCCAAGUGAAUUAUCCCGGCUCUGGUUAAGUAUGCCCAUCACCAGACCAAUGGAAUCACUAUCUAUACCAACCAUUCUACAGCAUGUGAUGAGGCUUUAUUAUUCAACAUUGCUGCCAGGUAAAUUCAGCAAGACAUCCCGCGAUAGCUCGAUAGUAAGCCAUGUACUGGAGAAGAUAAGAGAGCCCGUGGUGUCGCACUGGUCGGUGCUGAAGAAGAAACUAAGGUUCCUAGAUCCAAUGGGGACUUCCAGGAUUCCAAAGGAAGACAUACUUACGAUAUUAAAUGGUUUACGACCGAAUAUUCUCGACAUGGAACUGCUCUACCUAGUGGAGAUGCUCGAAUCCAGGGUACCAGGAAAAACGAAUUAUUUUCGACUAAUGGAAUAUUACGCUAAGAAUCCGAAACGUAAGAAACCAGUGGAGGGGGCAAGAGAGCCACUGUUGUCGUCAGACUCCAUGAGAUACAGCCAUGAUGACCCAGUUAAAGAUUUCAAUCGACCGAAACAACAUAACUAUUGUCACCCAAACCCGGUUAAACCAGACUUCAUCUCGCUUCGUAACGCUCCGUCAACUUCUCCAUUUAAGCGUGUAACAAUGCAUCCAACUAUGACCAAACAAAGAAAGUUGAAACCUGGGGAGAAAAGAAAUGAAGCUGCCGAAGCAAACCCAAAUUAUUCAUAUCGAGGUAACUACACAACCCUUCAGCGCCACCCACUGUCCGCUGCACCAUCCAAUGAAAGCGAAGACACUUUGGUUUCCAGACGUAUUAAACCGCAAGUGGGCAGCAAAGAUCUCCCGUCACUUACACGCGCCCUACGUAAAGAAGAUACCGAUGACGUAGGCAAAAUUCCCGUCCAAGCAUUUCGUAAAAUUCUCUCGGCUUAUGGCGUUAACUUUAAGAGCAACGAUUUGUACAAGCUACUCAGUCGCUACGAUAGAAACAUGAGCCAAAAAGUCUCAUAUGAAAGGUUUUUAAAGGCCAUGGCUUGAGUUGGAAUGGUAAAAAUGCUAAUUCGUUUAUUUUAUCUCAGCCAAGGCCUACUGGAGAUAUAGUAAAGUGGGGUAAGAUGGGACACCUUUAGCACAUGAUAUCUAAAUAUCCUUAUCGUGUUUUAAACAAUUAACAGCAGUCUUUAAAAGCCGUGAGGAUAUGGUUUUGGAGUGUCCUUUGUUUACUGUACCAAAUAGGACGAGAAAACAGAAUGAAAAGGUGUCCCAUCUUACCCCACCCUUCUAUAUCUCUAGUAGGCCGUGGCUUAGCGUGUUGUGAAUGACCGUCGUUUUGCUGUUAAUCAAGUCGUGCCAAUGUGUUAACUCCGCAUUAAAUAUCAGAUCCCAUGACGGGCCGCACUGUAGGUCCUAACCAGCAUAUAGUAUGAAAUGUAUGUAAAUUUAAUAUGGAACUUUUUUUGGUUAAUAGCGUGUUGUGAAUGACCGUCGUUUUGCUGUUAAUCUCUUCGCUAUGGUAUUAAAUCGAGGUAAUGUGCCAACUCUGGUCAAAUAUCAGAUCUCAUGAGGGGCCGCACUGUAGGUCCUAACCAGCAUAUAGUAUGUAAUGUUAUGUAAAUUUAAUAUGGAACCUUUUUUUGGGUUAAUGGGCCAACCUUUGAUCUAAAUCCCAGGUCCAUGUGUGCCUUUCCAUACGACCCCACCCAUACAGAAUAAAAUACUCGUAAAUAUGUUUGUA